GUCCACCGCCACCAGCCCCUAAUCCUGCCCCAGUCUCCCCAAGUCCUUGAUUAACACCCACAGCCCGAGCGCCAUGGAUCCCCAGCCUCCUGAAGCCACGGCCGCCGUCGUCUCGACUCCGCACCUGCCGCCCAGCGCGCAUUCGGGGCCUGACGCCCAGGCCCUCAACGCGGGGGGCGACUCAGUCACCAUGAGCCAGGACGCCGAGGUGGACCUGAAGGAGGUGGAGCUGAACGAGCUAGAGCCCGAGAAGCAGCCCAUGAACGCGGCAUCGGGCACGGCCACAGCCGUGCAGGGCGGCGGGGAGAAGAACGGCCUGGUAAAGAUCAAGGUGGCCGAGGACGACGCGGAGGCGGCGGCCAAGUUCACAGGCCUGUCCAAGGAAGAGCUGCUGAAGGUGGCCGGCAGCCCCGGCUGGGUGCGCACGCGCUGGGCACUGCUGGUGCUCUUCUGGGUCGGCUGGCUGGGCAUGCUGGCGGGCGCCGUGGUCAUCAUCGUGCGGGCGCCGCGCUGCCGUGAGCUGCCCGCGCAGCACUGGUGGCACAAGGGUGCCCUCUACCGGGUGGACAACCUGCAAGCCUUUGAGGCCGCCCAGACGGGCAGCCUGGCCGGUCUGAAGGAGUAUCUCGACCACUUGAGCAGUCUGAAGGUGAAGGGCCUCGUGCUGGGCCCGAUUCACAAGAACCAGAAGGAUGAUCUCGCUGGAACCAACUUGAAACAAAUCGACCCUGCCCUGGGUUCCCAGGAAGACUUUAACAGCCUGCUACAAUCCGCCAAGAAAAAGGGCAUUCACAUCAUUCUGGACCUCACUCCCAACUAUAGGAGUCAGAACUCAUGGUUCCUCCCUGCUGAGGUUGACACGGUGGCCCUCAAGGUGAAGGAAGCUCUGAAAUUUUGGCUGGAGGAAGGUGUGGAUGGGUUCCAGGUUCUCAGUGUGGGGAAUCUGAUGGAUGCAUCCUCAUACUUGACUGAAUGGCAUAAUAUCACCAAGAGCUUCAGUGAAGACAAGCUGUUGAUUGCAGGAACUGAGUCCUCUGACCUGCAGCAGAUCAUGAGCCUGCUGGACACCACCAAGGACCAUCUGCUACUGACUAGCUCAUACCUGUCACAGCCCAAUGGUACAGUGAUGGAUACCAAGUUCCUAGUCACCCAGUUCCUGAAUGCCACUGACAAUCACUGGUGCAGUUGGAGCUUGUCUCAGGAGGGACUCAUGACAACCUUCAUACCGGCUCAACUCCUCCGACUCUACCAGCUGCUGUUCUUCACCCUGCCUGGGACCCCUGUCUUCAGUUAUGGUGAUGAGAUUGGCCUGCAAGCAGCUCCUGGACAGCCUUUUAAGGCCCCCAUCAUGCCUUGGAAUGAGUCCAGCCUCCCUGACAACACAGGAUUUAUCACUGCUAACAUGACUGUAAAGGGCCAGAAUGAAGACCCUGGCUCCCUCCUUUCUCUGUUCCGGAAGCUGAGUGACCAGCGGGGUAAGGAACACUCCCUGCUACAUGGGGACUUCCACGUCAUCUCCUCGGGGUCUGGCCUCUUCUCCUAUGUCCGCCACUGGGAUCAGAAUGAGCGUUUCCUGGUGGUGCUCAACUUUGGCAGUGUGGGCCUGCCAGCUAAGCUAAGAACCUACAACCUGCCAGCUAGCACCAGCCUGCCAGCCACGGCUCACCUACUGCUCAGUACCCAGCCAAAUCGUGAGGCGGGCAUCUCCCUGGAGCUGGGAAACUUGAACCUGGCUCCUCAUGAGGGGCUACUGUUGCACUUCCCCUAUGUAGCCUGAUCCCACCUUGCCUGGACUUAUAUUUACCCUCAUGUCCUUCCCUGGCCCUUUUCAGUUCAGGCUUUUCCAUCUCUUUUUAUAAACUUUUGCAGAUUACAGAUGAACUCCCCAAUAGGGUGUUUUCUGCCAUGAAAUAAAUAUACCCCUGCCUGGUGAA